AUGUUUCUAACAGCUGAGGGAGAACAGUGUCCGUCAGAACGGGACCGAACAACACCUACAGAACGCAGGCAGUCUUUAUCUCGGACGUUCCUUGGUGUCUGGAUCAUUCUGGAUCUCUGCUGUUUGUGUGUGGAAGGAACCAACUGGCACCAGUAUCAUCAAAGGCCCCGACCCAAGCCGGGGUCCAUCGUCCUGGGCCACAGAGAGAUCAAGGUCCCCCAGGGUUCCUGGGUCUCCUUGGACCCUCUCCAUGAUCUGGUGACCAGAGUCCUACCAGGCGACCGCUGUGUCGUCACGGUCCUCCACCACGAUGGGGUGUUCAACCUGGGAACGCUCACGCCAAAGAAAUUCCCCUGCGCGUUCGAACGAGGACAGGUGAGGUACACUCACUUUGGGUCAAAGGUUGUCACCAAGGAUAGAGUGAAGUUACAGGUGCGGUACGACACGCCGACGGAUUCUCUGGUGGUACCGCUCACGUUAACGGUUGAGGCGACCAAGAACAUUCAUAAUGUGGUGACUUUAAAUGCUCCAUUGGUCGUGGGAGACCCGGACGGGAUCUCCAACACCAUCGAUGGUAAGAGCUUGGGGAUUCGGUUCCCCGUUGGUUCCGGAGGUUCCAUUUCACGGUGUGAGCUCACCUCGCUGGUCCAAACCGGUGGUUUUCCCAGAUAUGGAAUCCUGCUGAACGACGGCGCCGAUGGUCAGCCGAUGGACUGCGAGUCUUUCUUCAAAAUGUCAGUUCGGUAUAAACUCCAGCCUUCCUCUGCCUCAUCAUGGCGAGACUACAUCCCCAUGUUGGUGGAGGUCUGGGACAGGGAGGGGAGGAUCGCCCAGCAGGAGUACUUCCAGAUCACAGUCAGGAUAAGAGACGGGAUCACCAACUCUCCUCCCAGACCGAGCUUUCUCUCCAUGAUGAUGAUGGAGGUGGACCAGUUUGUGAUGACAGCCAUCACCACUGACAUGCUGGCUGCCGAGGAUGUGGAAUCACAUUCUGAUGACCUCGUCUUCAACAUGAUCACUCCAUUGGCUCCCGGACAGGGUGAAGUCAUCAGCACAGACGACCACAGCCGACCAAUCACAUCUUUCUGUCAGAGAGAUGUGAAGGACCUGAAGAUGGCCUACAGGCCGCCAGACGGGGACUCUGAACAGGAGAGAGUGUUCCACAUGGAGCUGGAGGUGAUGGACACAGAUGGGGCCACUUCCGACCGUUUUUCCUUCAUGAUUGUGGUGAAACCCAUGAACACACUGGCUCCUGUAGUCACCAGGAAUACCGGACAGGUGCUGUUCAAGGGCCAGUCUCGUCCGCUGUCAUCCAACCUCAACCUCCGGAUCAGUGACGAAGACAAUCUAUCAGACGUGAAGAUCAGUGUCCUCCGAGGUUGUCAGCACGGCGUUCUGACAGUCCUUGGACCACCGUCUGGGUAUCCGCAGCCACGGGAGUUUUUCACGCCGGCAGAAAUCGACGGUGGAGUGGUCGUCUAUGCGCACGACGGAUCAGAAACGUUCUCUGACAACAUCCUUUUCCGAAUGACGGACGGACGCCACAGUGUCGACUUCCUGUUCCCGGUGACGAUCAUCGCAGCGGACGACGAAGCUCCUGUGGUCAGCGUCAACACCGGGUUGGUCAUGCACCGGAAGGAGACCAAAGUGAUGUCAUCCGCGCUGUUGAGCGCAACGGACAUUGACUCCGAAGAUUCAGCACUGAAGUUUGUCCUUGUGGCGCCGUUCUCCAACAUUGGACAGGUGAUCCUGACUGAGCCACGCCCACCUGCUGACCUCACUGGAUGGACCUUCAAUUCUGCCACGCAGGUCUACGAACGCAUCAUCACUGAAUGGUUCCAACGAAACCUUGUGGAAGGAAAAGUGUCCUACCGACACAUCGGACCUCGUUUCACCUCAGCGGUCACAGACCAGCUGGUGUUCCGUUGUCAGGACGACAACAUGCCACCCAACCAAUCAGAAGAUACUGUUUUCCUCAUCCAGAUCGAGCCAAUCGAUGACCUUGCACCUGAAACUUUCCCUGGUUCAACUCUUGUCCUAAACGUCAAAGAGUAUGAACUAACACCAAUAUGGAAGACGUGUUUGCAUUUCACGGACGUGGACUCUGACGAUAGAGACCUAAAGUACACCAUUGUGAAUCCUCCGUCACUGGGCCAAAUCGUCUUCACUGACCACCCUGGUGUUGGGGUCACUGAGUUCACCCAGGCCCAGGUCAACCACCUCAAAGUAGCCUAUCAACCACCGGAUGUCGACCUGGGGGUGACUCCUAGAGUCGUCCAGUUUACCUUUGUCGUCCAGGAUACAGCAGGCAAUGCUGCAGAAGGGAUUUUCACCAUCAACCUGCUGCCGUUAGAUAACAAGCCUCCGAUAGUCUCCAGCAUUGGUGUUGAUCUCAAUAUCAGUGCAAGGAAUACCUAUGUGUUCACUAGGGAUGUGUUGGACGCUACCGACCAAGACACGAGUACAGACAACAUCACGUUCAUCGUGACCCAGACCCCACAGUUUGGGGUGCUGAGGUGUGUUGGGGUUGACCUGUCCGUUGGGAAGCACUUCACGGUAGCGGACAUCAACAGGGGUGUGGUAAUCUACAUUCACGGAGGUAACGGACUGGGAAUUGAUGUGGUCAAAGUGGACGUUAGUGACGGACACCACAAAGUUCCUGUGGUAAUUAGGAUCAACGUUGUUACUUCAGUCGUUAUGUCAACUUUACCGGCAGCCCCUCGAAAAGCGGAAGAGCUCCAUAUCACCACAGCGGUAAAUAAAAAUGGACGGAUUCAAAUCACAGGGGACAGCUGGACGCACAGUGAUGACAUCAUGGUAGUGACCUUUCUCAUUGACCAACCGCCCCACUUCGGGGUCAUCCAGAUGCAUGGCACGCCCUGCGAAAGGCUGACGCUGCGUGACAUCGUCGACGGCGAGGUGACCUACACCCACACCGGUGGCGAGGUUUGGCCCAGGGAACGCAGCGACAGCUUCAUUCUCACAGUGGUUGGUCCAGGGAUCCCAAGGGGCGACAGGGUCAUUCAAAAGGUUAGAGUUCAGGUGUCAAUAGUUCCAGUCGACAGCAGUCCACCCGUCCUGCACAUCGGAAGUCGUAUCAUCGUCACGGAAGGAGAAAAACAGGUAGUCACUGUUGAGAACAUCAGAGUGGAGGACCCAGACACCAACCCAGACGAUGUGAUCUGUUCCAUCCUGGUCAAGCCUGCCUUCGGCUACCUCGAGAUCACCUCACCUGGGCCUGGAUCAGAGAAGUCCAGAGCAGGAAUUGCUGUGACUUUAUUACAGUUUCAGGAAGUCAGACUUGGGAAUGUUGUAUAUGCUCAGAGUAUACAUAAAGGAAUAGAACCCGUUGAGGAUCGGAUAACGCUCCAGUGUUCCGACGGAAUCAACCUAUCAGAGAUUAACAUUUUAACAGUUGUCAUCGUGCCGGCCAAUGAUGAGGAGCCUCGAGUGUUUACACGGGAGUUUGUUGUCAUGGAAGGGAUGAGCCUGACCUUUGACCUUCCUAUCCUCAAUGCAGUUGACCUCGACAUUCCAGGUGACGUUCUAGAAUUCCAGGUUCUGGUUCCUCCCAAACACGGGAAAAUCAUUCAGCACCUGCCGACUGGCACCGUUACCGUGGUGACAUUCACCUUGCAACAGAUCCGAACCGGAUCCACGAUCGUCUACGAGCACGACGACUCUGAGACAAGACACGACAACUUCACCGUGAGACUGUCAGAUGGAAAACACGUUGUAGACACAAACAUUAUUAUCGCUGUGAUACCGGUCGACGACGAGACACCUCGCCUAGCGAUCAAUGCUGGGCUGGAGGUGGAAAUCAGCGAGUCAAAGCUCAUCACCAACAAGAUCCUCAAAGCCACAGAUCUGGACUCUGAGGAUGGGACUUUGAUCUAUAUUAUCCGCCAGGAGCCAGAGCAGGGCUGCCUGCAAUAUAUGUUUUCCAAAUCACAUCAAAGUCUUGUGUCUUCACAGCAGAUGUUAGUAAAUAUAACGGCCGGUAUGAACUUCACCCAGAGCGACGUUGACUCGGGUCUGAUCUGCUACCAACACACAGGGAUCGGCGGCGUCCAUGAUCUCAUCAAGUUUGACAUCACUGAUGGAGUGAACCCGUUAAUCGACCGCUACUUCUAUGUGACGGUCAGGGGGUUGGACACAGUUUUCCCUGUUGUUGUAGUGAAUAGGGGCCUGACCUUAAGAGAAGGGGGACGGGCUCUCCUGACUACUGAUCUCCUCAGCACCUCCGACCUGAACUCCCCUGACGAGCGCCUGACCUUUAUAUUAACUCGCAACCCUGCUAGAGGUCGUCUGGAGAUCACAGACUGGCCCGGUUUUGCUGUGACAACAUUUACGCAACUCCAGCUAGCCGGUAGUAAGGUUUUCUAUGUUCACACUGCGGAGGACGAGGCCAGGAUGGACAGCUUCGAGUUUCAGGUCACUGAUGGACAUAAUGUGGUCUGCCGGACUUUCAGAGUCUCUAUCACAGACGUGGACAAUAAAAUCCCUGUCCUGACCAUUCACAGUCUGGUCCUGGGUGGAGGAGAGACCAAGCUAAUCACACCGUUUGAGCUGAGUGUAGAAGACAGAGACACUCCAGACAGCCAGAUCUUCUUCACCGUCACCCAGCCACCGCUCCACGGACGACUCCUCCAUAACGGGACGCGUGUGGCCAGGAUGUUCACCAAACUGGACCUGAUGGAGAACCUAGUCUUUUAUAAACAUGACCAAACUUCAAACGCUGCUCAUGACCGUUUCUUGUUUACAGUCACCGACGGAACCCACACUGAGUUCUAUGUCUAUCCAGAGACAGGCCGUGUGACCGUUCUACCUCAGACGCUGGAGAUACAGGUUAAUGUGCUCCGUCAUACAGGACUGAGGAUUGGGGUCAACAAGCCUGUAUCUACACUGACCAUUCUCCAUACAGGGCAGCUGGGCAAGGUGCUCACCAGAAAGUUCCUGGAGGUGGAGAACCAGGAGGACCGGAGGAACCAGGGGAGUGUGGAGCGAGGCCACCCCAGGCAGGACAUCACCUUCUGGGUGUCCGAGGGUCCUAGCUGGGGGGCCAUAAUCAACACUGCCAGGGGCAACAGUAGCGUCAGCUCCUUCUCUCAGGAUGAUAUUAACACGGGGAGAAUCUGUUAUAUUCUCCGUGACGGAGUCAACUCAACCGGAGAUGUGUUCCGUUUUACAGUCCAAGGCAACGGAGGAACCCGUACGACAGCGUGGCCAUUCCGGCUCCAGUGGGCCUGGGUUUCCAUGGAGUCAAGGCUCUACGUGGUGCAGGAGAACUCCCAGUUCCUACAGGUCGUUCUGAGGAGGAGGGGCCACCUGGGGGAGACCUCGUUUGUCACCGUCAGUAUAAACGACAUCACAGCGGAGCGGGGGUGGGACUACCAGACAACGCCCCCAAGACAGGUGCAGUUUAACCCGGGUCAGAGCAUGGCCACCUGGCGCCUUCGUAUCCACGACGACCAGGUGUACGAGGGUACGGAGAGGUUCCAGUUGGUCCUGUCCGAGCCGGUGAUGACAUUGAUAGAACAGCCCAGCUCUGUUACCGUAGAGAUACUGGACCCUGAGGAUGAGUGUGUAGUGUUUUUCGUCCAGUCAGAGUUGAGGGUGGAGGAGGACGUUGGACAUGCUGUCAUCCCCGUCAGAAGGACUGGAGAUCUCACCAAUGAACUCAUGGUUCUCUGUUACACACAGCAGGAGUCAGCCGUGGGAACUGUUGCCAGGACAGUCCUGUCGUUCUCUGACUACAUCUCUCUCCUGACAGAGUCAGCCGUGGGAACUGUUGCCAGGACAGUCCUGUCGUUCUCUGACUACAUCUCUCUCCUGACAGAGUCAGCCGUGGGAACUGUUGCCAGGACAGUCCUGUCGUUCUCUGACUACAUCUCUCUCCUGACAGAGUCAGCCGUGGGAACUGUUGCCAGGACAGUCCUGUCGUUCUCUGACUACAUCUCUCUCCUGACAGAGUCAGCCGUGGGAACUGUUGCCAGGACAGUCCUGUCGUUCUCUGACUACAUCUCUCUCCUGACAGAGUCAGCCGUGGGAACUGUUGCCAGGACAGUCCUGUCGUUCUCUGACUACAUCUCUCGGCCGGAGGACCGGGGCAGUGUGCUGCGGUUCGACAGCGGGGAGUCCGAGUCGGAGUGUCGUGUGCUCAUCAUCGACGACUCGCUCUACGAAGGGGCGGAGACCUUCACUGUAACCCUAGGCAACGCUGUGGGGGGGCGGGUGCAGACAGUGCGUAACAGGACACGAGUGGUCAUCCUGCCUCAUGCAGCCGACGGUCCCUCUGUGUAUCUGGGACAGUCUCAGUACUCUGUAGAUGAGAGCUGUGGUCAUCUGGAGGUCACUGUGUGGAGGUCAGGUACUGAUCUGUCCCAUAAUGCAUCAGUCAUGCUGCGUUCCCGAUCUACACAACCUGUCAGCGCACUGGGGGGAUCGGACUACGUCGGCAUCGGGCGUGGUGUUGACUUCCCUCCGGGCGUGACAGUGGUGAGAGUGAAGGUAGCCAUCUUGGAUGAUCUGGGCAGUCCAGUGAUGGAGGGGGAGGAGUCGUUUCAGUUGGUUCUGAGCAUGCCCAGUAAAGCAUCACUGGGUCGACCCAGCCUGGCCACUGUGAUCAUUGAUGACACCAUAUCUGAUUCACCCAGGGUACAGUUCCAGGAGGCGGAGCUCCAUGUCGACGAGGCCGACGGGCAGGCAGUUGCUGUGGUAAUCCGUUGUGGUGACCUAGGCCACACCUCCGUGGUCAGAUGCUACACUCGUCAGGGAUCCGCCAGGGUGAUGAUGGACUACGACGAGAGACCAGACACCGACCAAUCAAUCAUCACCUUCAGACCAGGACAGAGGGAGCAGCAGUGCAUUGUGGUUCUAGUGGACGACUCCGAAUAUGAGAAGGAGGAGGAGUUCCGCCUGGUCCUUGGAUUGCCUAUCAGCCAGUCAGGUGUGGGCCUGUUGCUAGGUGACCAGAGGGAGACACUCAUUCGGAUCACUGACGCAACAGACAAGUCUGUGAUCCGGUUCUCCGAGACUCGGUACCGGGUGAAGGAACCCGCAGCCCGAGGCCAGGUCGCCGUGGUUACGGUUGCCGUGCGCCGCCAUGGAGACGUCUCCAGAGUGUCGGUGGUGCGUGUGCACACUAAAGAUGGCUCCGCCCACUCUGGACAAGACUACAACCCUCUGUCACAGGAGCUGGUGUUUUCUGUAGGUCAGUCGGAGCGGUUGGUGGAGGUCCAGGUUCUCCACGAUGAGGAGAGAGAGACGAGAGAGACGUUCACCCUCCACCUCACCCUGGACACACGCAUGGUCGCUGACACUCAGGUGUCCAGGGCUGUGGUGUUCAUCGAGGAGGAGGAGGGGGGUGGCGUUCGGGGGGUCAUGUUUCCGGCGGUACCUGUUGUAGUGUCCCUACUUGUCUACGAUGACCCCCCAUCCCUCCCCACCCCCGCCGGACCCCACCCUCCCACGGGGUACCCCCUGGUCUGUGUGACGGCCUGUGACCCCAAACACCCAGACUACAGCCGGACCUCUCCCCUCUGCGUCUCCGAGGGUAUCAACAACACCCUGACAGAGUAUCGCUGGCUCCUGGGGCCUCCAGGGACCCCUGACGGCGUGGCUAGCCCACCGAGGGAGCUGGAUGCCGGGACGUUCCUCACCUCCACCACGGCAAUGGUGCUGGACGCUGUGUACCUCCAGCCAGGGGCCAGGGUGCAGUGCUCUGCCCGGGCGGUGAGCUCUGCCGGGCUGGUUGGACUGGAGCUAGUUAGCCCUGUGGUGGAGGUCAGCAAAGAGGAGGGUCUGUGUCCUCCUCACGCCCCCGGGACUCUCGGAGCAGAACCGUUCUCUGCUAAGAUCCGUUACACUGGACCUGAUGACCCACUAGAACCCAACCUCAUCCAGCUUACUGUGACCAUGACACAUGUAGACGGAAUGCUUCCUUUCAUCUCCACUCGUCCUCUUUCCAACCUGGCCCUAACCUUGACCCAUGACCCCUCUCGAAUUGGGAACCACCGUUGUUCCAACCUCCAGGGAGCCCCAGCAGAGGGCAACGCUACCCGUCUGUGGCUCACCUCGGCUGGGGUAGCCCAGGAUAGUGCUCCCUCCCUGGGUUUCUACAACAGCCUGAACCUGGAGGCCUGUGUGUGGAGCUUCUCAGGAUAUUACAGCAUCAGCCAGCUGCUUAGUGAUUGUGGAGGAACCAUAGGAACAGAGGGACAGGUUCUGAAUGCGGUCCAAUCCUACGUGACGCUGCGCGUACCUCUGUUCGUCUCUUACGUCUUCUACUCCCCCAUGGCCACCGGAGGCUGGCUGACCUUUGACCUCCGAUCUGACCUCAGAAUGACCUUUACAUAUGACACGUCCAUCUUGUGGCAUGAUGGGAUAGGUAGCCCCCCUGACGCUCCACUGCAAGGCUCUCUGUACCCCACCAGUAUGCGUAUCAAUGGAGAGGGAUGUCUAGUGGUCACAUUCAAGACUGAAGCGCGUUUCAGGGGACACUUUAUACUGACACACCCAGAUGUGUCUGUCCUGUCAGUGGUGAAAUCAGAGGACCACCCGGGUCUGUUGUUGUCCCUUUCCCUGGUCCGAUCAGAGACCAGCCUCAUACACACCGUGCAGACCUGGAGCUUUGUGUCUCAACUGGCUGUGCGUGACUACUCUGGCUCCUACACCAUUACUCUGCUCCCCUGUGUGAUACUGGGAGGGGGGCACCCUGACCCCGCCGUCUGUCACCCCCGAUCACCCCUCUCCUAUAACCUGGACGUACGCUUCCAACAGGUUAGUGAUCCAGUGCCCGUAGAGUUCAGUCUGAACACAGUGCUGGUGUUGUUGUCUAAGAGGGAACUGUGGCUGUCGGAUGGAUCUAUGGGAUUCGGACAGGACAGCGACGUAGCUUUUAGUGAAGGAUCUGUUAUCUAUGGUCGUGUGAUGGUUGACCCGGUCCAGUCGCUAGGCAACUCCUUCCACUGUUAUAUACAGCAGGUGUUCUUGUGUACCGGUGCCGAUGGUUACAUACCAAAAUAUCGCCCUGGAGAUGGGGAGUAUGGUUGCCUUGCUGAUGCCCCUUCUUUGCUGUACAGGCUCAAGAUACUGGACAAGUCAGAACCGCAGAGCCAAGCAGUAGAGUUCGGAGGUAUCCGAUUUGAGGCUUAUCUGGCUGGGGACAUGCCUGGCGCCCUCCCCCUGGUCUCCCAGCCUGAUGCUGAUGGCUUCAGUCUCUCCUCAGCUCCACUCUUCCAGGUGUCGGCUGGCCGCGAGUGGUACGUCCAUGCCGUUUACACUGUGCGCUCCAGGGACCACAGCAACCGGAACUAUUAUAGCCAUUCCCAUGCUGUCGGCAAACGCAGUCUGUCUGUGCGUCACGUCUUCUCCAGCGGGGGUGGGGGACGUCAAAGGAGAGACUCACCAGUGGAAGAGAUAGGUGAGGACCAGGACAGGGGGACCAACCUGCAACACGUACCCCUACUGAGAGCACCUAACCUUGGGCAAAGACAGGCCAGUGGUCCCCUGAUGGAAACGGAGCUCCGGGAUAGAGGGGGAGAUCCAGAGAGAAGCCCAGAGGGGGAGCACUCGGAUGGGACAGAGGGGUAUGUGACCCUGGGGCUGGUGGUGCUGGUGGUGGGGUGUCUAGGGGGGUUGGUGGUGUACAUUGUGUUUGUUAGCAGAGAGAGAAGAGAACUGAGGGGGAAAAACUCUGAAGAUCAUCGCUCCUCCUCUUCCUCCUCCACCUCUACCAGGAGAGAAAUGUCCAAGAGAAGGAGAGGGGACAGGACAGGGGAAGGUGGGGCCAUAGAUAGUUCAGAAGUAUAAGAUCCCAAACAAUGGCCCAUAGUGCUUACAUUUUAAAGCUCACACAUGGCGUUUGCACAAGUAUUCCAAAGCUGAGGGAAUUUAAAUAGGGGCCACGCGAGUAGCCCUUUCCAGGAAGUCUGCAACGAUGCAGCCUUCAAAGUGAAAUCCCAUAAUUCAUCACCUGACACUGCAAACAUUUACACAAAUUAUUGGAAUUUCAAAAUAAAAUCUUGACAUGUAAAAGAAGAAAUUAAAUGUUUAACUGUUACUACGGUUUGUGUCUUGUAAAACAAGAAGAUUGAUGUUAAUUUAAAUUUUAUGUUCUGUUAUUUCAAGUGGAACUGUUUAAUGAAU